CACAACAACAACAACGAUUGGGGGUUUUUAUUUUGAAAACCGGAAGUGCACGUGCUGACAGUGGCAGUGAGCUGCAGGAUUAACUGUGUGAGUCCUGCACCGAAGUGUUCAUGAGCAACCUGCCAUCAAACACCAGUGACUGUCUGCCCCAACAUCCGCGACGGAGCAGAGCUGACGAAGACUAACCCCGGAGCCAGGAGCAGCUCGCUCAGGCCACAGUCUGGUGUUUGUGCGUCUGUUCGGUCCACAAGGCUUCAAAUAUGUCUCUGUCGUUCCUUUUGGUCUUGGCUGCCACCGUGAUCCUUAUCAGACCUGAAACACCUGUAACUAAGGCCCUACAUCAGAACUCACUUGAGUGCUGCAGUGACAAACUGAGAGGGAACAACUCGUGUUCGAACGACACUCACUGUGAACCUGGCUGCUUCCUGCGUGUCCUUGAGAACAGCAACACUGUUUGUAUCUUUUGUGACUCAGCAUCCGUGGACCUGGAAAACAUAACAGUGUGCACCUACAACUACACAAUGGAGCGGAAGAAUCACACAACUGUCACCACUGUAGUUCCUAAAAUUGGAGGGCCAGGCGUGGCAGCGUCUCUUCUUCUGGGAACACUGUUGAUCAGCCUGUUCCUUAUUUUGUCUGUUGCCUCCUUCUUCUACCUCAAACGCUCCAACCGACUUCCAGGCAUCUUUUACCGCCGCAACAAAGCCUUUAUUUUCCAACCCAGUGAGACGGCUGUCAUGAUUCCCUCCUCCUCAGUGAGGAAACCAAGAUACGUCAGAAGGGAGCGUCCCCCUGCGACCUCAACAGUGGAUAGUGCCACCAUACCCACAACGUCCACCACUCAAGUCUAUAAUGUGUAGGAGGGUCGGGCAGUGUUGGUGCAGGUAGGAGAGAAACCUCAGGAAAGAUUUUCUUCUCAAGGGUGUAGAAAUACUAAGUGGCCAAAUUCAACUUUAACUGCUGGCGGUGCGUCUUAUCGACACAGUGUCUCGUUGACUGGAUCAUAUUUAAUUGAUAUUAUCCCAGGAAAAAUAGUUUCAGUAUUUCUCUGUAAAUGUGAAGCAUUGCAGCUCGAUUUGUAUUUUCCCCUCAUGCAGCACUGUUGUGAUGAAAAGACUCAUCACUCAGUAUCACUCCUUGGUUUUUUCAGUCUCAACACUGUUAUUAAGCAGAAUAUGUGGACCCGACUGUUAAAGUAAUAAUUUGAAAUUUAGGGGGGUAUGCUUACGUGUUCCCUAGUCAAGCUUUAGAUGAGAAGAUUGAUACCAGUCUGAGACCUGUAUGGAAAAUAUGAAGGUAACGUUUGUAGCUAUUGAAUUCAGCAUAAAGACUGGAAACAAGAGAAACAGCUCGUCGGGCUCUGUACAUCCCUGAUGACCAAAUCUCACCAAUAAACAAGUUAUAUCUCUGUAUUAAAACUGGAGAAGUGGAAAAACAAAACUUCUCAAUCUUAGAGGGGGGGUUAUGCUCCAGACUGUUUCUUCUCUGUGAUUGGUUGCAACGCCAAUUUUUGUGUGUGAAUUGAAGAAAGAAGAUUUACUGUGUUUAAUAAGUGAACUUUAAAGGUGCUGAAGAUUGAUUGUGUUUUCUUUGGACAGAGCCACACUAGCUGUUUUUCUCUGUUUCCAGUCUUUAUGCGAAUCUAAGCUACGUCUCCUGGCUGCAGCUUGACUUUUCACUGACAGACUUGAGACUGGUAUCCCGUCAGUCGUCUUUGUUAUUGUUUUAAGUGACAGGGUUCAUAAAUACACUGAUCGGUCUGUUUUAGAGGAAUCGAACCAGCGACCAAGUUUAGUAACAGUAACGCUAAUCUUUUAGAGACUGUGUCAGUGACAAUUAAUGGAAGCUUGUUUUUUCUUAGUUGGCUCAUUCAGAUAUUUUAUUUACAUGUGUGAUAUUUAUUUGCAUUUUGUAACAGUGCACUGAAUUUUACUGAUUAGACCAAGAGAAUAAUUUGCAUCUAAUGUAAGAAUUCUUCUGCUGGACCGGGACAUUGUAGGGAGAGUGACUGUAGCCGUUGUAUUGAUAAUUGUUCAAUUGACUUUGUAUUUUUAUUGUUGUUUUUGAAUUUACUACUUUUGUGAUCUCAAGCGAGUUGAAUGUAUUUUAAAUGGACAACAAAUCCUGCAUAGUAAUAACAUGGAUUAUUUACUACGUUCCACUCACUCACACAUAGAGGUCAUUUUUAACUGCAAACUCUCACAAAUCUUUUUUUAUCAGAAGUUCUACCAUCCUGCAAAAAACAUUUUAAAUAUACAUUUUUGUUCCAUGAAGUAAAGUUUAAUUCCAAAAGAAUUUUCUCUCUCUCUCAAAAUUAAAUUAUUUUUAAUCCCUCUGCACUUUAUUUGCCUGAGGUCAUCAGCUAAAGUUAGACCUUAUGUUUUUUAAAGGAUACACAUUAUGCUAUUUCAGGUUUUUUUUUUUUUACUCUGGUGUGUUUAUUAUUGAUAUUUAUGUGAAUGUAAAAGUUCUGCAAUGUCAAAAACCCAAAGUUUGUAGUAAAGGGAGCUCCCCUCCCCCACAGACAGCACCGCUCCUGAAGCUCCUGAAACCGCUAGUCAGUCUGGCCGAUACUUACAGGUCAUGCGACAUUGUGAUGUCAUGUGGCAUUUGUGUAAUGGCUAGUCUGGCACACCCCUUAACAAAUCCAGGUAAAGUUAGAUCCGCGGCCGGCAUUGUGCUGUAAGUGGUUAACCAAUCACUCCAGAGUGGGCCAGCUAGCCAAUCAGAGCAGACUCGGCUUUAGCGACACAACCUUAAAGAGACAGGAGCUAAAAUCAAGUGUUUCAGACAGAGGCUGAAAAGUGGAGCUGUGGAUCCGAGCAUCUAAACCUUUUUAGAUAAUAAAUGAAAAUGAACCUGAAUAUGAGCAUUAUAUGUCUCCUUUAAAAUAAUUUAAUCUCUGAUUUGAUCUAAUCUAAAAUAAUAUAGUCACCAGGUGUGAUUGAGAUUGUAUUUCUGUGUGAGUGGCAACAUUACUGUUGCAUUGUGAAAUUUACUUGACUACUAUAACCUUUGCCAAACAUUCUCUGAAGAAACUGGCUUGUACUGUGUGCCAUUACUGUGAUGAUUACUGUGCCAUUCUGAGCUUUAUACGCAGCCGGGGAACAUUCAGUCACGACGUGCUGAAUAAAUGGAUAUUUGAAAAAUAUCCAGUGGCCUUUACUGUGCACAAUUUGAAACCAAGGCUAGUUAUCCAAGUUUUAUUUGCGGUAUAUGUGGUAUUUUAUUUAAUAUAUUUUUAUAUCUUGCCAACACUGAGGCAAUAAAAAACUCAUUUCCAUCUUCAGUACAUGUUGAGCAAUCUGAAGUAUGCCAGUGAAAAGGCAUUUCCUGAUUAUUCCCCUUUUUGCUUCAUGCUUUUGUGUUGUUUGGUGUUGUACAGGCAACCAUAAGCUAAAUACAUGUAUAUAUUGUUUUAUACAAAUGAUGCAUUGUUUUUGUAAUGAUGUACAUAUUCUUGUUUCAAUGCCAUGAAGAAUGUUCUGCAGAAAUAAAGCACCUUCAACUGUU